AAAGAGAAGUUAGACAAUCGGGAGCAUUUAGUCAGAACUCGUCCCACAUAUCCCUUCGUAUAAUACGCGCUAGAAAAUGCGUUGCAUUAGAAAGAAAAAAAAAAAAAAAGAGACACCGUCACCAAAACGACUGAACACCUGCAUUUGCGUAAGACGCAAAACUGUAAUUUAUGUAUAAGAAGAAUGAGAAUGCAUCUUCAUUUGACAGAAGCAACAAUAUUUUAAUUUUUUAAACUGAAAGUGGCACAUCCGAAAUGGGUUGUACUCCAAGUCAAACUACAAAAUGCAUAAUUGUGGAACAAACUCAAAGAGCCUCAUCUGAAACAAAACCUGGAACCUUUGUCCUAAAUGAUUCUCCCUUAAAUGACUUAGGAGUAGAAAAAAACUUUUUGGAACAAGAAGACACCGAAUAUGAAGCAGAUAGCUUUUUACAGGAUUCAUUGAAAAGUUCUCAGUCAUCCAACCUUAGUUGGGAUUCUGGAGUCUAUGAACUCGAAGAUUCAAGCAUCAUAACUGAAUAUUCUGACCCGGAAAAGGUUCGAGAAGUAGACAAUGAAUUUAAACAUCAAGAUGAUUUAGAACUGAUAGUUGAAGGAAAAGCUUGCCCAAGGAAGUUAAGUUCUAAGGACCGAGACACAUUACAGCAGACUGCCAUUUUGGAAAUGCUGAGAGAAGAAGGGCUUAUUUGUAGACCCCCAUCUAAAGCAGGUGGGGGUAUAAGAUUCGAGCUUGUGUCAACGAAUUCUCUUCCUCCAACACUACGUAGGCUUCCGCCUUUAAAGUUGCAGAAGAAAUACAAAGAGAAGAAAGAAGAGCUUACUUACGAGGAAAUUCAACAGAAGCUAUUAAACGCGGAAGAUCGAAGAAAGCGAAAAAAUGAGGAGAAACUGAGUAAACUUAGCAAAAAAGAUCGACAGGAAAUUCAAGCAAAAGCUGAACAGGAAGCAGAAAGAAAUCGACAAAAACUCUAUGAAAAGCUGCAGACUAAAACGCAGAGUAGGGAGAAACAUCUAAAUGAACUUCAAGAACGACUAAAAGCUCGUGACGAACACGCAAGAAACGUUAGGAAAAGGAAACAGGUGUUAGCAAAUAAGUUUAAUUACAUAAUGCCUGUAUAAAAUGUUAAAUAAAGGAAUAAUGUUUGUAAAAAUUAAUAAUAAUUAAUGAAAUCUGUGUAAUUAAAAACUUGAUUUUUA